UAACUAUCCUUUUCAAUGUUGACACUUGGUUAAACGGCAACGAUGAAAUUCAAUUUGAUUUUUGGGUUAUGUUACAUGUUUUAUAGUGUGCAGAACUUUAACAUUGAUAUGGAUAAUGUAGUUACAUUAAAAGAAGAGUCUGGCAAAUACUUUGGUUAUUCUGUAGUGAUGUUCAAUAAUCAGGAUGGAAACUGGGUAUUAGUUGGAGCACCGAAGGAUACAUUUACACACAGACAUGAGAUAAAAACUCCAGGAAACGUAUACAAAUGUAAGGUGAAUCUUACCACACAAGAAAAAUGUACGCCAUUCAUGAUCAGGACUAUAGAAGAUAGGAAUGACACACAUCGCGAGGAAGAUCAUCAGUUAUUAGGAGCAUCUAUGGCUGUAUUUAAUGAAAGUAUUGUUAUUUGUGCACCUCUUUGGAAAAUUAUGAAAGGAAAUAUAAUUGAACCUGUCGGUCGUUGUUACAGCGUAGACAAAUCACUAGGACAAGAUCACAGUACAAGCUUUAAUUUAUUCUAUAAUGAAAGUGGGAACAGCUAUGCGCAAGCAGGUUUUGCAUUAUCAUCGAAGGCGUUGCAGGACAAACAAAGACAGACUGUUCUUAUAGGUGCACCCGGACUCCAUCAUUGGAAAGGUGGUUUUAUAAGUCUCAAUAUGGAAAACAUACAGAGGUUUCAGAGGUACUCGCAUGUGAGCAUACAUUCCGACAUUAAGAAAGCAAUAGUGAAUAACACAUUAAUGGGAUAUUCAAUAACAACUGGAAAGCUGGCACAAAGACAUGACUGUUCGAAAACAGUGGUAUUAGGAGCACCGCACUUCAAAACAGCAGAAGGUAUUACAGGUUCUGUAUUGGUUGUAUGUCUUCAGACAAAUAAGAGUAUGACGGUAAAGAAACAAGUUUCAGGUAAAAUGCAUGGAAGUGGGUUUGGGACUGCUCUUGUCUUUGAAGACAUUGAUGGUGAUGGUUUAGAUGACCUGAUUGUAGGAGCUCCCUUCAAUCGUAUUGACUCUGGCGAAGUAUAUGUUUAUUAUGGAACCGAUACCGAUGAUGUGUUAGUGAAAAGCCAACAAGAACUGACAAUGUCCAUUCCAGGGAGGUUUGGUUCUGCAAUACAGUGCGUAGGAGACCUAAACAAGGAUGGUUACAAAGAUAUUGCAGUCGGAGCCCCAUAUCAGCGUGAUCGUAGAGGUUCAGUUUACAUAUAUCAUGGUGGACCUACGAGUCUUACCUUCACACAGGAGAUACGAUCUGAGGAGGUUGGACGAAAUCUGUUAUCGUUUGGAUGGUUCAUUUCUACCCCAGUUGAUAUUGAUCAAAACGGAUAUACAGAUUUUGCAGUCGGUUCAUACAUGUCAGAUACAGUUUUGAUAUUGAGAACAAGACCAAUAAUAGAUCUGACGUGUCAAAUGAAUAUUACGCCUUCGUCAAUACCAUUAAAUUCUUCUGGGCUUCACUGCCAAAAUGAAAACUUCCAUCCAUGCGCUCAACUAGACAUAUGUUUCAACUAUACUGGGUUAGGAAUUUCAGGGAAUAUAGCUGUUUCCUACACAAUAGACAUAGACACGAAUAGGACCAAGAGUGUACCAAGUAGAGUUGCAAUAUUUGCUAACAACACAUACCAUAGAGAUAAAUUCAGCCGAAAUGAUGUGAUGAUUAGUAAAGGAGGGGAAUCAUGUUCAUCGGUUAACCUUGUUGUUCCGGUAAUGUAUAGUAAUGAGGUGAUGAUUAGUAAAGGAGGGGAAUCAUGUUCAUCGGUUAACAUUGUUGUUCCGGUAAUGUAUAGUAAUGAUGUGAUGAUUAGUAAAGGAGGGGAAUCAUGUUCAUCGGUUAACAUUGUUGUUCCGGUAAUGUAUAGUAAUGAGGUGAUGAUUAGUAAAGGAGGGGAAUCAGGUUCAUCGGUUAACAUUGUUGUUCCGAUUGUUACUAGGCAGUUUCUAGAAACACUUACAAAAAAGCUAUACCUGGCAGCGUCAUUUAGCCUUAGCGAGAAUCAGCCACCUGGAAAACUGAAACCUAUCCUGAACAACAAGCCAACAACACAGAAAGUUUCGGCGAUGUUUGAAUCCGGUUGUGACGGCACAUGCUAUCCAAAUUUAAAGCUGACACUUACUUCAAAACCAGAAGUUAUCAUUUUUGGGAGAACAGUUGAAAUAGACAUACAAUUGAAAGUAACCAACUCAGACGAUCAAUCUCAUGGGACAAGGUUUAUUAUCUUAACAUCAAACAACACGGAUUAUCUUGGUUUUUAUCAACCGCAGAAUGAAGGAACCGAGUUAGGAACUUGUAUAGAUCAAAUGAAUGCUUCUAUUGUCUACUGUAACCUUAAUAAGACUUUCUUUCAACAGCAAGUUGGAUUAUUUAACCUACGGUAUAAUGUUUCUAGACACCGAUUAACAGAUCAAUACAUUGAUGCAUAUCAUAUAACCAGGAGUGUUGUAUAUACUGUGAAUGUAUCAUCAACCAGUCCUGAUUUUGAUUGGUCUGACAACAAUCGUCAACUAGAAGUGCCAAUACAAUAUGUAUCAGAAAUUCAACUAACAGGUAUUUCAGAUCCUGAACAACGAAGACUAUCAGCUAUCUCCAGCAUUGAAUUUUUCCACACGUAUUACGUGUACAACAUGGGUCCAAGCCCAAUGUCUAUAGCUGUUGUCAGAGUGUGUCUUCCGGUAUUAUCAACACAAGUUCUGGAAGUUCGGGUUAAAUCUAAAAGCGACAAGACAACAUGGAAUGUUGAUGAAAAUGGAAGAAAGAUUGAUAAGAUGCAUGAAGGAGAAACUCAUAUUUCGCAGAAAAAAAAGAAACCAACGUUUGGAGAAAUAUCAUGUGAUACUGUUGACGAAACCAUGAAUGUAAUUUAUGACGUCACAAUCAAACAAGUAGACCCUGACGAAACCAUUCAGAUUGAAUUUAAGGUUGUUCUUCAAGAAAGUGAUUUAAUAUUUGAUAAGGUAUCCGCUAUUCUAUUCAAAUCAACUGGAGAAGUCAUAACAACAAGUAGGAGAGACUAUACAAUCAAAUCCUCGAAUGCAACAUUUCAGGUGACGUCUGAGAUUUUUCCAAAGGAUUUUGCUGCGGAAACUGGCAGAAUAUCACUUUGGAUAAUUAUUGGUGGAUGUUUAGGAGGUUUGGCAUUACUUGUAAUACUUGGUGUAGUUUUAUGGAAGGUUGGAUUUUUCCAAAGGAAAAAGAAAGACGACAUGAACAAAUGGAAAAGACAGUCUGGGUAUUAUGCCUCCAGGAAUAGUCAAUAUGUUGAUCAUGUUCCGAGACAAUCAGACAUGGUUAACUCUGUCCACUGGUAAAGUCGGG